AUGGCCCGAACCACAAGAAGGCGCCAGGCCGAGGCUCCCUCAACAACACAGUCCAUCAGCAGCUUCACUCGCGUAUCCAAGAGCCAGGCUUUCCCUGAUGCAGCCACCAAGAAGACCGCUAUCUCCAACCCGGAACCGACAUCUUCACGGAAGAGGAAGGCCGCAGGCGAUGAUGCCGACAGCAACCACCACCCUCGAGUCACAAGAAGGACCGUCUCAUUCGCCCCCAGCAGCGAUGAAGAACCAGUGGCUGCAGCGCCGGCAAAGCGUGCUCGGAGAGGAGAAUCCAACGUCGAAGCGGCCACUACGGUAGCAACCCCGGCCAAGGGAAAGAAGGUUGCCAAGCCAACGCCUUCACGGGCUGCUUCUGCGCAUAAGCCCAGCGAGUCGACCAUCGUCGCAAAGUCUAAGCAGGGCGGCAAGACUGUGCAGACAAAGCUUGAGGCGUAUCGCGUAACUAGCCAAAAGAAGGCAAAGGAGGCUGAAAGCGAGUUCAGCCCAGAGUUGGUCGAUCUGAUCCGCCUGCACAAGGCCUUCCUCAAGACCAUUACUCUCCAGAUUAUCCACAACGGAACCAUUGUGCCCAUUGACAUUUCGUCCGUGGCUCCACACAUUUCUCGCACAUGGGGCAAGCGACAGGUCACGGUCGACGACAUCCGAACAUGCAUUGCCGUCCAGACAUCCGCACGAGACCCUGAUGUGGUUUCUCCCUUUAUUGUAUCUGAUUAUGGCCGCGGAAAGAUCUGCAUAGAGCUGCACCCUGACCACAACAAUGGCGCAGUGUCCAUCAACGAAGAGCGACUUUCCAGGCAGUUUGAAGAGAAUCUCCGAGCUCUCUGCGCUGGCCGAGCACAGGACGAUGUCACCGAUGCGGAUGUGCCUCUAGCCAGCUUAUCCCUGAAAGAACUGCCUCGCGCUGAAAUUAGGAACAUGGACAGCAGUAUCAAAAUCAAUCCAAUCCUGAACAAGGGACACAAUGCUUUAUCAGCGCUCAAGGAAGGAAUAGUUGCGAAGCAGCAGGAAAAGGAGGUCAAGCAGCAGGCUACCAUCGCCAUGGUAAAUUCCGACGGUACAAAGAUGAGCCUGUUGGAUCGUCUACGACACAAGCAGCUUGCCAAAGCUAAUGGACCUCUCCCCCCAUCCGGACCGGAGCUUCAGCGCCGAGCUGCCUUGAACCGAGUCGCCGACGUUUGUGCUACUGUUUCCAUGCUCAGCUUGUCUAACCCGGCUUCCCUGCCGAGACAAGCUUUUACCAUGGUACUCAUCUCAGACAAGCUCAAGGACUCUUUACGAGUUCCGCUUUCGAAAGAAGAAGGGAUGACUUGUAUACGACUUAUCGCCAACGAAAUCGCCCCCGAGUGGCUCAAGGUGGUCACCAUUGGCGGGAGAGAGAAUGUUGUGAUCCAGAGAGGCCUCCAGCCUGUUGAUCGUGUGAUUCAGGAGCGAGUACAGAAGCUACUGGCGUGAUGGGGAACAUUUGUUUUGACGCUUGUUUAUCUCAGAUUUCAACAACUGCACUGCACGAAAUACCGAAUGGAAUUGUAUAUCUCAUAUCAAAAGAGGCACUGGAGGAUGUUUUGGUUGUUUUCGACAUUGCAUUGCGCUGCGUUUUUGUUAGCAUCACGUAUUCACACCGCGGAGAGAAAAAGUCUACAGGGCGAAUGUAGAAGACGAUGCAUGCAUUGGAGUAAGGGUUGAGUUUGUUUUCUUGUAUAGCAAAUGGAUUCAAGUUUCAAGUAUCAGUUUGGAUAGAUAGACGUACGUUAGAAGCUUCACACGAGUCAUGAAAACCGAACAGUAUCUUUUCUU